UCUGCAAAGAUAGACUAUGCAGCUAUAACGGCUUGGAUUAGAUGUUGUAAGACACUACAUAGGUCUCUAUGCAAACAGAAAAACAACAUGGUGCGGCCAUGGCGGCUUAUCGACUGCAACACCUCCCCGCCAUCUUUGGUGCUAGCCCCACAAUCUGGGCCAUAUCUGGCUCUCAGUUAUACUUGGGGCAGUAAAGGCUACAAGUACUCUACGAGUUCCACAGACGCAGUCAUAUCAUGUCCUCCAAAAACGAUCUCGGAUGCAAUAACUGUAACGCGAGAACUUGGUUACCGGUUUCUGUGGGUUGAUGGUUACUGUAUUGAUCAAGAUGGCGAGGAAGAGAAACAUACACAAAUCGAUAUUAUGGACAAGAUAUAUGGGGGUGCGGAACUUACCAUCGUUGCUGCUGCCGGUUCAGAUAACGACUAUGGGUUGCCUGGAGUUUCAACAAAUAGACAAGCGGACCAACUACAAGAAUCGGGACCUGUAGUCCAUCUGGGCGACAUCCAGAUAGUACGCAUCGACGGAAGCCCACGAAAAUCAAUUCAAUCCGGGACAUGGGCCACAAGAGCCUGGACUUAUCAAGAAGCUAUCCUCUCUCAACGACUACUCUACUUCACUGAUCGUGAGAUCUACUUCGAAUGU